UGCCGUAUUUGUUAUCAACGAAGAAGAAAAAAUGCAACAGAAGAAGAAUGUAACUUCCGGCUGAGUGGAUUGAUGACGGCAGGUCUGAGCUAGCAGCUGCGACGCGAACUGAACUCGCAAAGAGUCGACAGGAAGCGCUCUAACUGUCAUCUGUAAAGCUGACUCACGCAGACGGGGGGUCACCACCACCCACAUCAGUGGAAGUGGACUACAGUCGUACGUGCGUGGAGCCUCACACGCCAUCAUGGUGUUAGCAGAUUUAGGCCGCAAGAUCACCUCGGCGCUGAGGUCACUCAGCAAUGCCACCAUCAUCAACGAGGAGGUUCUGAACGCCAUGUUGAAGGAGGUCUGUGCCGCCCUGCUGGAGGCCGACGUCAACAUCAAGCUGGUCAAACAGCUGAGAGAGAACGUCAAGGCGGCUAUAGACCUGGAGGAGAUGGCGUCCGGUCUGAACAAGAGGAGGAUGAUCCAGCACGCCGUCUUCAAGGAGCUUGUGAAGUUGGUGGAUCCCGGCGUGAAGGCAUGGACCCCCGCCAAAGGAAAGAAUAACGUCAUCAUGUUUGUUGGCCUGCAGGGGAGCGGCAAAACCACAACCUGCUCAAAGCUGGCGUAUUUCUACCAGAGAAAAGGCUGGAAGACCUGCCUGAUCUGCGCCGACACCUUCAGAGCUGGUGCCUUCGAUCAGCUCAAGCAGAACGCCACCAAGGCCAGAAUCCCCUUCUACGGCAGUUACACAGAGAUGGAUCCGGUGGUGAUUGCAUCAGAGGGGGUGGAGAAGUUCAAAGGAGAGAACUUUGAGAUCAUCAUCGUGGACACGAGCGGACGACACAAACAGGAAGACUCGCUGUUUGAGGAGAUGCUGCAAGUCUCCAAUGCUGUGCAACCAGACAACAUUGUGUACGUGAUGGACGCGUCCAUCGGUCAGGCCUGCGAGUCGCAGGCCAAAGCCUUCAAGGAUAAAGUGGAUGUGGCGUCGGUCAUCAUCACCAAACUGGACGGACACGCCAAAGGAGGCGGAGCCUUGAGCGCCGUGGCAGCCACCAGGAGUCCCAUCAUCUUCAUCGGAACGGGCGAACACAUCGACGACUUUGAGCCCUUCAAGACGCAGCCGUUCAUCAGCAAACUACUCGGCAUGGGCGACAUCGAGGGCUUGAUCGACCGCGUCAACGAGCUCAAGUUGGACGACAACGAGGAGCUGAUUGACAAGCUGAAACAUGGUCAGUUCACACUCCGAGACAUGUAUGAACAGUUCCAGAACAUCAUGAAGAUGGGACCUUUUGGACAGAUCAUGGGUAUGAUUCCGGGCUUUGGAACGGACUUCAUGAGUAAAGGAAAUGAGCAAGAAUCGAUGGCCAGACUAAAGAAACUGAUGACCAUCAUGGACAGCAUGAACGACCAAGAGUUGGACAGUAAGGAUGGAGCCAAGUUGUUCAGCAAGCAGCCCAACAGAAUUCAGCGUGUGGCUCGUGGGGCGGGUGUGGCCACUCGGGACGUCCAAGAACUUUUGACCCAAUACACCAAGUUUGCUCAGAUGGUGAAGAAGAUGGGCGGGAUCAAAGGCCUCUUCAAAGGAGGAGACAUGUCCAAGAAUGUCAACCCGUCUCAGAUGGCGAAACUCAACCAGCAGAUGGCCAAAAUGAUGGACCCACGGGUGCUCCACCACAUGGGUGGCAUGGCGGGACUUCAGUCCAUGAUGCGUCAGUUCCAGCAAGGCGCUGCAGGAAACAUGAAGGGCAUGAUGGGAUUCAACAACAUGUGACACACAAAGCCGGAUUCUUCAAUCUGGACUUUUUUUUUUUUUUUUGGACCUCGUUUAGCUGAUGAGUUUGUUUAGUCCUGAUUGGACCAGACGCCAAAUAAAUCUUUCUUUUGCUCUAUUUUAAAACUGUCAAUUUACGCUGAUGUGGUUAUUUUUCAAAGAAUCAUCAGCCCAAAACACCACCGGUGCCGAGAGCAACGACGCUCUGAAGAUUUUAUUCUAGUCAUUUACACUUGCGCCCCCUUCAGGUGAGAUAGAGUACUGUCUGCUUCAAUUUAGGACUCUGCACUUGAUUGUGGGAUGAUAAAUAACCAUGGCACACACUUCCAUUAAACACAACACAUACACAGGAAAGGCGUGCUGUAUAAUAAAUCUUUAUAAUAAAACUUUAUAACAUAAUACUAAAAGGUGUAUAAUUAGUCUUUGUGAUUUUAACACUUUCUAGUACAUUGCUCUGUAUUUCUGUUGUAAUAUAUACAUUUUAAAAACAAUAUUUAAUGUAUUGGUCAAAAACCCCAUCAGCUGGGGUCGACUCCAGCAUACCUGUGACGGUCCGGAAAAUGAAUGAAUGAAUGGAUGGGUGGGUCAAAGACAAGACAAGUCUUGAUGUCGGUGUCCAAAACAAACUGUGUAAAAAUAAAUAAACAUUUUAAAACACUACAUUUUAUUACUCAACUCACUUAUACUGUGUAUAUAUAUAUUGUAAUAAAUGUACAUUUAAGAAGCAAUGGUGCACAAAAGUACCAAAAUGUCAUUCCUGCAUGAGUAACAUCCAGGCUUGAAAUCUUAAUACAUUUUGAUAAAAUGUAAAAAAAAAAUAAAAUAGGAAUAUUAUAAUAAUUAGGAAUAUAUCUACAUAAAGCAUUUGUCUAGUCACGUGACCAGCUACAGUCAUUUCAAGAAAAAAACUAAACUGGCUGAAAGGUCAGCGAGUCUCUUGACAUUCUGAUAUUUGAACCUUUUUUAUCAUCCCUGUGUCAUGUCCUAUAUAAUAAAAAAAAUGUUGUUUUAUUAUUAUUAUUAUUAUAUAAAGAAUGCUUUUCCAUUAGAAAUCCAUCAUUGAUGUCAUGAAGACUGAGUUAUGUUUUACCUGGUUAGGAUAU